AUGGAGGAAAAACUGGAAGAAAACUCGGAUGACACUCACCAUUUACAGUUAUCAGUAACUCCUAUUCGUUUUGAAGCAGUGAACCAAUUAACAAAUGUAUUCUUUGAUGAUUCAAACAAAGAUGUAUUCGCUGUACGCUCGGGUGGCAUAAUGGGCGUAGUUGUGAAAAACGCAAAUGAAGAUAUAUCACCGCUCAACUUCAUAAUGGAAGAUCACGGAACGGUGCUGUCAAUAAAAUUUUCAUUGGACCAUAAAAUUCUGGCUGUCCAGAGAUCUAACAAUUCAGUAGAGUUCAUGAACUUCAUUGAUAAUACAUUGGAAACUGAAUAUUCCCAAUGCUGCAAGAAAAAUUCUAAUAUUCUUGGCUUCGUAUGGUCGCAUCUCAAUGAAGUUGCUUUCAUAACUGAUCAUGGUAUAGAACUUUAUAUGGUUAUUCCAGAAAAGAGGACAUUGAAACAUUUGAAAACGACGUCAUCAACUGUACAGUGGUUUGUUUGGUGUUCUGCUAACAAAAUCGCUCUCUUGGCUUCUGCUCACGGCUCUCAGUUAUUGCCUGUUUACAUUAAGCAGGGCACAAUAAACAAGUUCUCCAAAUUAGAAACUGAACCUGGCCGGAUGGCUUUGGAACGAGAUGUUACUCUGGCAACCCUGUAUGGUGUGCCCGCAGUGUUAAUUCUCCGACACCAAAGUGGUCCCGGCACUGCUGAAGUGCAUAUACAUACAUUGAGUGGCCUUGGACAGGCCCCUGUCAAGUCCCAUGUUCUGAGGUUGGGAUUGUCCGGGCGAUUUGCAAUUAAUGUUGUUGAUGAUGUGGUAUUGGUUCAUCACCAAGCAUCAAGGAGUUCUUUGAUAUUUGAUACAGCGCUGACAGGUGAGAGCGAUGGAACUGUUAGAUAUCACACACCAAUUGCCCCUGCCAAAUCAUUUCGACCUGUGAAAUUGGUGCUGCCAGGACUUACAGAGCAACAAACACAUAUAUGUGAACUUUAUUCUCCAAACUGGGUUGUCUUUCAGCCCAACAUCGUGAUCGAUGCUAAACUUGGAUGUUUGUGGCAUAUUUCACUCUGUCUGACUGAGCUAUGUAAUCAAAUAUGUGAUUUCGGAGUUUGUACCCAAGUAGCUCUGAACAGGACAAAUGGAAAAAAUGUUUUGUUGGAUCUCCUACUGAAAACCAGCAAGCAAGAAAAAUUACCGUUGGAUAAAUUCCAGGUUUCUUUCAAUCAUAUCAAUAACGUUUACAGAAGUUGGAUGGAAUCUGAGCUCCAGAGUAAUACAGCUUCUCCACCAAAUAUUCCAAUUCCACCAAAGUCUCAGAUAACUCCUAGGGUACUCAUAGAUCAAAACGAUAUCUAUAAUGAAAUGUUGCAGAAAUUAGAUCCUGAAAAAGAUCUGCGAAAGACAGAGUGGUUGUUAACAAGCUACUUGACUUCUCUGUCUGAAUAUAAUAUACCUGUGCAACAUAUACUCAGUGAACUUUUAGUAACGACUUUGGCAAGACAGAAAAAAAUUACUGCUCUUCAACAGUUACUUCAGUACGGAGUAAUAUCGGACUCAAAACAAAUGGCUUGUCUGCUACUCUCUUUGGGAAAUAUGCAUCCAGCAGCCACACAAAUGGCCCUAGACAUGCUUACCAGAAUAAAUGCUCUAGAGGAAAUCCAAGAAAUCCUCCUAAGCGAAGGUCAAGUUUUAGCAGCCCUGAAAAUAGCUGACUGUAAUGCCAAUCCUAGAAAAUUUUUAUCCAUCGCUGAGAAGUAUUCUGACAAAACUUUGUUUCAUAGUGUUUUGAUCCACUUCAAAAAUAAUCCACAGUUUGCAUCGGCAUUCCAAAAAGAUGAACGUCUUGUCAAUUUUGUUCAGCAGUACAAUACUUUAUUUGAUGAAAAGUAG